UCAGAGUGGAAGACAGGGUGAGAGAGAGAAGAGAGAGAGAGACACACAGAGACUGAGGGGUCGCAUCGUCGUCAUAGCAAUGCCAGCAUCAACAGAGGGGUAGGAGGGCACCUGCAUACUCUGGCUGAUCAGUACAGCAUAAGCUAAUGAAUGCAGGUCAUUGUCACAACCCAACCUGGAUUCAAGCCGGCCACCAAAUAAAUCAAGGAACAAUGAUUACUUGGAUUGACACUUGAUGAACGGUUCAGGCAAACAGCUACGAGGAAUUUCAGGACUUGUGUUUUGAAAACAUUUUAUCACCUCACUGCUGUCGAGUCUGAGGCAGUGUUGGUGGUGGUGGAGGUGGCAGCAGCUUUUUAAACAGAAGGUCUGUCUUGGAGUGUUUUUGUGCGCUUGAUGAUUAAAAACUUGUGAAAGAUUCUGUGAUAAAAAGCCGCCUCUCCAAUGAGGUGCUGUUCAAAGCCUGUCCGUCAGUAAAUUUCAUCAGGUUGGUAGGGUGGAGGUUCCAGAUUGGGAGAUGGAAGUGAUCAGAGGCAACCAGCAUCCAUUGAGUGUAUCGCCACAGUGAUAUCCAGAAGAAAGCUCUGCUGGAAUCACUCCAUGAAAGGAGGAACAUAAAAAAAAAUAACUAGAAACAGUAAACUGAGCUCUACUGAGGGGAUCACAAAAAAAGAACAAAGAGUAAGCAGAGGAAACACUGCAAAAAGAGAACAAAAGAAAGAGGGCGACUGUGUGUAGAACAAACAGAAAAUAACAGAGAGAAGCGGGAGAUCACAACGAAGGUGCAGACAUUUGUGAGAAAAAAAGAAAAAGAAGGUGCUUGGGCAGUCACAAGCAAACAGAAAGGCAAGAGUAGAUGCUUUAGGGAAGGGGUACCAAAAAAAAUCAAGAGUUAUCGAAGAGUGAAAGAAGAACAGAGCUUGUAAACAUGGAGCUGAGAUACAGAGGGACCGAAAAGUAAAUGUGCAACAAGAGAGAGGGAGAGAGGGUUGAAGACACUCAAACCAGCAGGGCUUAAGCAAGUUGGAGGAGGAGGAGAGAAAGACGGCCCACGGCACAAAAUAGAGCCAGACACAGGCAAGGUACUAGUAAAGAGCCAGAUACAGAAGAUGAUGCGCUCUACUGCUCCACUUGUCCCUUCUUCAUUCGCUUCCCGAUCCCCUCACUCAAUUCUUAUGCAGUCUGGACUGCAAGAGAGCGCCCCCUACUGGAUUGCUUGUGGACUUGUUUCCAUUCUUGGCAAUGCCUGGGCAAUACUGGGCAUCUCAGCAAGGGCAGAGCAGCACAAGGCACUAGACCUGCUUUUUGUUUUCCUCGGCGGGACCCAUGUUCUGACUGUAGCCGUCCCCCUUGCUCUUUUCUCUGCUGUUCACUUAGGAGAUGGUGGAGGCCAGAACCAAAAUUCCCAGGCGUAUCACACUACCGGAAACCCACAGAAAUGGAACGAAACUCUGUGCAAGGCAUUUGUAUCUACUUUCUACUGCCUUUCUCUGGCUACUUGCUUCACUGUGUCCUCCAUCUCCUACCAUCGCCUCUGGAUGGUCAAGUGGCCGGUGAACUACCGCCUUUCCCGCUCUAGGAAGCAGGCCUGGCACUCUGCUGCAGGAGGCUGGGCAGCAGCCUUUGUCCUGGCAACACUGCCCUCGCUGGGUUGGCACUCCCCAGGCCAGCGUUUCUAUCAGGACGGGACCUGCCGGUUCACUCCUGGACACAUCGGCUUGGGGUUUGGGCUCUGCCUCCCCCUACUUGUGGGAGGUGGAACUGCCACAGCUCUCUUCUGUUGCUCCCUGACUUUACUGGAAACAUUCUGUAAGGGAAGACUCAUCAGAAAAGCAGAUCAACUAGAAAGAGUGCCAAAAGGAGGACAAGAAGAAGUUCCAGCAAUUGUGGUUGAAGAUGUAAGAGGGCAGCGAAGAUCAUCUAUUGAUGGCUCUGAGCCCCGAAAGACUUCAAGAGAAACAACAGGCCUUGUGACUGCUAUUGUUUUGCUAUAUACUGGUUUUACUGGAGUUCCUCUACUGGUGCUCUCUUGUGUGUCUGUACAGUCUUACAGCACCCCUGCCUGUGGGGAAGUGUUGCUGUUGUGGUCUUCACUGCUUCAGACAUUACCACUUCCAAUCUUAGUGUGGGGGUCUGAGAGAUACCGCCCAAAGGCUAGACCAGUAUGGGACCGCUGUCUAAGGGCACUGGCUCAGGAUGAAACAACAGAUAAUGAUAGUGCCCGUGAUGACUUGGAUUCCAUUGCUGUGGUCACUGGAUCAGCAGAUGUAAAGCGAGCCACACUUUUUGCUUCAGAACGAGGAGCAGGAAAGCCUUUCCUCAACAGUCCAAUCCCACUGGCCCAAAAGAGAGUGCAAUAUUUACAGUAUGCUAGGACCCUUUUGUCCAUGGUCCCAGCUAAUCGAAGACACUCCCAUGAUGACAAAGACUUCUGGGGUCAUGGGCCUCCAAGUUCCAUGCUGCCCCGCUGGUCAUCCUCAGAUGACAUCUGCAAUAGUCGUUACCGGAAUCCGGCAGGAGGAGGGCUCUUGUCCCUCCAUAACUUUCUGGAGCUGCUUCCUCCUGCUGAUUCCCCAAGGAAACAGACGAAUGUCUCCUCUUCCUGUUUCUCAAGACAAGAAGUGACGCGAUUUAUUGACGAUGACUUCCCUGCCACUCCUCGACACUACUGUCCCUCAGGUGACAGAGGAAGGCGAGCCUCACUGGCAAUCAUUGGCGGAUCCAGGACAGACUACACCAUAGGACCACAGACACAGCAUCCAACUGCACUGACGAGAGAUGGUUUAGCAAGGUCAUAUUACCCAUCUGGGAGGAGAGCCUCAGUAAGUGGGCCACUUCAGAACCAGAGAACUCAAAGCCAGACCUGCAGGACAGGCCUCCCAAGGAUCCAGGUCACAACAGCCAGUACUCUCAGUGUCCAAGAGCAAGAGAAGCCUGACAUCAACUCUACAUAGAGUGCGUGUGUGUGUGUGUGUGUGUGAGGAUGUUUGUAAGUGUAAGUGUAUGGAUGAUUAAUAAAUAGAAUU